GCUUUCGGCAAGGUCGCCAAGGAGCACAUUGCCGAGUACGGUGAGGGCAACGACAAGCGCCUCACUGGAAAGCACGAGACCUGCGACAUCAACACCUUCAAGUACGGGGUCGCCAACCGCGGUGCUUCCAUCCGCAUCCCCCGCGAUGCCGAGAAGGCUGGCCGGGGUUACAUGGAGGACCGCCGCCCUGCUGCCAACUGCGACCCCUACCGGGUCACCAACAUCAUCAUGAAGACCACUGGGGAGUGCCUCAACGCUGAGAUUGUGGAGGCCGGCGCGAAGACGCACACUGCCUUCGUGUUCAUCAAGCCCCAUGCUGUGACCGACAAGGUGAAGACUCUGGUGAAGGACAAGCUCACGGAAGGCGGCCUGACCAUCAAGAGCGAGGGCGCAAUCAAGGCCGAAGUUAUCGACAAGAAGAAGCUCAUCGACAUCCACUACGGCGCCAUUGCCGCCAAGGCCGUCAUGAAGAAGCCUUCGGAGCUCACCGUGCAGGAGAAGGCUCAGGCGGAGUUCGAGAAGCAGUUUGGCGUGGCAUGGAGCAAGGUCAUGGAAGAUGGCCUGGUCUUCAACGCCAUGGACGGAGCCAAGAAGCUGGGAAUCAGCCCCGAUGAGCUGGGCAAGAAGUACGAUGCGCUCAAGAAGGGCGAGACCAUCAUCAAGUUCGGCGGCGGCUUCUACUGCGGCAAGGUUGAUAGCAUCUACGUCAUCAACGGCUUCUACAUGAACAUGCGCUCCAAGUUCACUGCGCCCGGAACGAGCAUUUACUACUACGAGGUGGAGUGGCCGGCGGACAAGAUGAAGUGGGAGGACUUCCGAGGCAAGUUCCUCGGGCCUACGGACCCGGCUGCGGCCCCUGCCGGCUCCCUGCGUGGCCUCAUCUACAAG